CCCACAAAACUGAGCCAUACUGAGAAUAAGCCAUUAGAGCCAUGCUCUCUGCUAUUUCUUCUUCCCGCCUUAUCCUCAACAACCCCCUCCUAAUCCGCGUUCUCCGAUUCCCCAUUCCCAAACUACCCCUCUCCACAAACCCUGGGUCCUUCUCUUCUCUCUCAACCGCCGCCGCCGUCAGCAACAAUGCCGCCGGCGGAGGUCGUACCGGAGCAGUGUCUCCCUCGCUGGUCACGGAGGAACUGCAGCAGAGGAUAGACGUGAACCCUCCCAAGGGCACAAGGGACUUCCCUCCCGAGGACAUGCGCCUCCGCAGCUGGCUCUUCUCCAAUUUCAGAGAGGUCUCGCGCCUCUUUGGCUUCGAGGAGGUCGAUUUUCCGGUGCUCGAGUCCGAGGCUCUGUUUAUUCGAAAAGCUGGCGAGGAGAUUCGAGACCAGCUGUAUUGUUUUGAAGAUAGGGGGAAUCGUCGCGUUGCGCUGAGGCCGGAGCUUACUCCUUCGCUGGCGAGGCUGGUGAUCCAGAAAGGGAAAUCUCUGUCGCUUCCAUUAAAAUGGUUUGCGGUGGGGCAGUGUUGGCGGUAUGAGAGAAUGACGAGGGGGCGGCGCAGGGAGCAUUACCAGUGGAAUAUGGAUAUUAUUGGUGUCCCUGAGGUUACGGCUGAAGCAGAACUUAUUUCUGCAAUUGUCACUUUCUUCAAGCGAUUGGGGAUCACAGCUUCAGAUGUUGGAUUUAAGAUAUCAAGUCGAAAGGUUUUACAAGCAGUAUUGAGACGUUACUCCAUACCUGAAGCUUUGUUUGGGAAAGUUUGCAUCAUCAUAGAUAAGAUAGAAAAGCUUCCAUUGGCAGAAAUUAAAAAAGAGCUAGAAUCUGUUGGUGUAUUAGAAGAGGCAAUUGAUCAGUUAUUGCAAGUUCUUUCCAUAAAGUCAUUGACAGAGUUGGAAGAGAUACUUGGAGAUUCUGGGGAAGCAGUUGCUGAUCUGAAGCAAAUGUUCUCUCUUGCUGACAAAUUUGGUUAUUCUGAAUGGAUUCAGUUUGAUGCUUCUAUUGUUCGUGGCCUUGCAUACUAUACUGGUAUAGUCUUCGAGGGUUUUGAUAGAGGAGGAAAGUUGCGAGCCAUUUGUGGUGGUGGGCGAUAUGACCGGUUGCUCUCUACCUUUGGUGGUGAUGAUAUUCCUGCUUGCGGCUUUGGAUUUGGUGAUGCUGUCAUAAUAGAAUUGCUCAAGGAAAAGGGGCUUCUGCCAGAACUUGGCCUGCAAGUGGAGAACAUUGUGUGUGCCCUGGAACCAGGAUUGCAAGAAGCAGCUGCAACAGUUGCCACCAUACUUAGGGAGAAAGGUCAAAGUGUUGAUUUAGUCUUGGAGAGCAAACCGCUUAAAUGGGUAUUCAAGCGUGCUUCACGAAUAAAUGCCAACAGGCUGAUCUUGGUGGGAGAUUCAGAGUGGCAAAAAGGGAUGGUGGGUGUUAAAAUUCUGUCUACUGGUGUACAACAAGAGAUCAAACUUGAUGAAUUAGAUUGAUGAAGACCUCAAUUUGGAAGUUGUAAUGUUUUUAAGCUAGGCUCAGUAACGUCAGUCCAUUUUUCUCCCCCAAUCUAUGUAAAUACAUAGUUUCAGAUCAAAAUAUUAUUAACAAACUACUCAAAAGUACCGCACAACAAUUUAGUUUACAAAUAACUCACUACUUAA